CCAGAAUGUCAAGGUAAUCACAUAUCAAAAGGUAAAAGACAAGCAGCUCAACUCUUUGGAAAACAUUAUGAAAUAUCUUCUGAUAUACAUGAAAAACUAUGAAGUGCUUAUGGUUUCAGCAACACAACAAUUCCUCCUGGAGCCCAACUGAUACUACCACCACAUCACAACAACUAUUACAAAAUCAAGUGAAAACCCAAGAGGAUGUUUUUAAUGUUAGUGAAAAUAAUUCGUUUGAAGAAAGUACAGCAAGAGCAAAUGAAACUAACACUGAAAAUGAAAACCAUCCAAAUUUUGAGUGUGUUUUUACUGAAAAUCCAGCUUCUCCUUCCUUUUGGCUGCCUUCUCCUGAGCUUCCUACUCAUUCUUGGUUUAUGUUGGCCAUACCUUUACUAAAUACUUCACUUCAGCUAUCUAAAGUCACGAAAAAUACUCCAGGAUGGAUCUCAUGUGAUGAAGUUUUAAACCAGGAACAUCCACUUUUCAACUGGCCAGUAGCUCAACCUGUUCGCACUGUCUAUUCUCAAAAUAUUAUUUCCAUACCUUCUCAAAGUAUCAGUGCACUGCUGUCCUGUUCAGUCAGUUCUCAGUCCUCUUAUAACCCGUUUUUCGUUUUACCUAAACUACCUGAAAAUGAUUCUGGUUUUCUAGCAGAUACUGCAAGCUCUUCAGUUUUAACAAUACCGGUUGCUCAAAAUCCUGAACAAAUUUCAACCCAAGACUUUACUUUUCCAACAGGUUCUAUACCAAGUAGAUUUAAUUUCAGUCAGCACUCUGGAAUUCCCCAAAAUUCACCUCAGCAGAUGAACCCACCUGCUGCUGACAAGUAUGCUGCAGUUUCUGACCUGGACAACCUUUUCCAUCAGAUCUCUAAGCCAGCUGCAACAGCUGGAUUCACUUGGUCAGAUACUAGUGUUAUAACAUCUACUGCAUUUCAAUCAUCAGCUGCUCCUGGCUCAGUUUAUGUAACAGCUGCAUCCAACUCCUUCAGCACUAAUACUGCUGCAACUUGGAGUCAGCCAUCUCCUCUGAACACUCAAGAGCAAGGUCAUUUUUCAAGUACCAAUCCAUUUCAGGAUGUACUGCAGCCUACUGGAUUCGAUGCUCUUGCACCAUCUUCAGCCUUUGGUAUUCAAGUCCGUGCACAGAACAUGUCUGAAUUUGAGCAGUUUGAACCCCAAGAUAAUAUUACAACCAGUUAUGCUUUUGGAGUAAGAGCAAGAUCUAGCACUAGUUUUGGGGCUUUUAUGUCUGCUAAUCUUGAGUUGGGGAACCAACCAAAUGACAUACCAACAAAUUAUUAUGGAGUACAAAAUGUUGAUUUUGGUUUGAGCUCAUCAGCCAGUGGACUGUCUGAAACAGGAACUGCCCCUACAGGAAGUCAGUCAACUGGGACUGCUUGGACAUUUGAAAAUGGUCAACAAACUCAGAUGAACGUAUGUUGUAGAAACAAACUUGGCAUAAGGCCACAGCAGCAACCUCCUCAGUCUUCAGUCUAUCCCUUCUCAAGGCCUUGACAAUUUUGACCCUUAUAUGACCAUUCCUAAGAUACCAAGUGCCAUCCUAGCCUUUGACAAAGUGGAGCUCCUGGAUAAAGAUGUAUUGCUGGCCUGUGCAGUGACCAUUAAGGAUCUUACUGAGUCCUGAAUUCUUCAGGGGCUGGGCAACCCAAAUAGCUGCUGAGGAAAGAUCCAGCCAUGAUGGGGGUCAUCUUCAAAAUCAGCCAUGCCAUUUUUAUCCAGUCUCCUUAUGACUCAACCCCUGAAUUGGUUGGUCAAGAGAGAUAUGACGAGCCUUUAAAGAGUUUUGUUGAAGUAUGUACAACAACCAAGUGACACAGUCGUUGGAUGUGUACACACCUUUAGUACACACCUUUCAAUACAUACCAAAGCCCAAAAAAGUCUUGGAACUAAAAUCUCCUCGAUGAUUGUAUAAGCACUGAGAGGGUCUCCAUAAGCUGGAAUUGAGGGAUACAUCAACCAUGGCCAAAAUAUCAUAGACUGCAGGGAUCUUCACAGUGAAUGUGGUACUUUAUGUCCACUGCAGCUAACCAACCACCACUGAAGCAGUCCUGCAGUCUUGUCUCAGGAGCAGCCAAGGUUAGAACUCUAGUACAUGAUCACCAACCAGCAUCACCACCAGACCAUCCCUGCAACAAGUCUCCUUGCUAAAGCAAGACUGCCAGGAACAGGCAGCCAAGGCAGACAAGCUACAAAAGCAACAUGAAAUACUAUCUCAGGUGGAGGAGGAGGUCUGACAGUUGCAUAAUGUAUACAAUGCUGCACCAUGUUCUCACAGUUAGCUGCACUAUUGUCUAAACAUACAUUCUUGGUACUUCUUGUUUUCGAAGUAUCAAAAGUUUUCAAGUCUAAUUAGGUAGAGGAGAAAUAUUGUCAAAUUCUAAAUGAGACUGUAAUCCCAUGCUUAUAAACUUGAAUAUUUUUCUUUGUAUAAUACAUACAUAAAAAAAACUAUCUUAAAUGCUUAAAGGUUGAAAAAAAUAUUUUGCUGGUCAGUCCAAAAAAUAACUUUCACUUUAGUUCUCAAACCAGUAAAUCAUAAUUAUAUCAAGGUAACAUUUUACAGUAAUAUAGUAUGAACCACAAUAAGCACUUUCACGUGAAUUUAGUUUUGCUUAAGUUUAAUCAUCUAAAAAGAAAAUUUUUGAUGUUAUAACUCUUAUCUUUUGCAGUGAUGAAAGAAUCUUAACUUAGAAAUCAUUAUGUGGUGUAUAAAUGGAGGAAAAAAUCAAAAUUAAUUCAUGAAAUUUCUUUAUUUCACAAAUGAACAAACGUUUUUACAAAAAACUGAAUUUAUAUCAUAUGAAAUUAUGAUGUAAUAUGCAUGUGUUAAAUUUAUUCUUAUUUAGGAAGCUAAUGAGGCAACUUACCCAUUGAAGCUUAAUCCUGGAAAUCCUUUCCUAUGACAUUUUGAUCUAAAGAAAAAUUCUGGUAUCGGAAAUCUUUCUGUGAGGUGUGAUUGGUAAUGAUGUUUUUUUUUGUUUUUUUUGCAAAUAUAACCUUCACUUAAUUCUAAUCAGUUGAAUACAAACCUCAUAUAUUAUAACACUGAUACAAAUUGAUGGGAAAAUACUCAUUAUUUUGUGAAUAUUAUAUCUUUACUUUUUAAAUGAAAAUAUUUUAUGAUCCAACAUGAUUAUCCUAACACUGUGACAAACAUACUCAUGAGUAUGUAAUAUGAUAUUUUCUAUAAUGUUUCUUACAAGUGAACAAAAAUCCUUGCAAUGCAGAAACUAUUGGUCUUCAAUGAAAAUAAUAAUCUAAAUUUAAUUUUAUCAAUAUGCUUAUUGGGUUAAAUCUAAAUUUAAAAUAUCCUCUUUUUUUUUUACUUCUAAAAUGUAAAAAUAAAUUGCCAUUUAAAAGUAUCUUGUUUGAACAGAUGUGGGAAGAUUUUGUGUUAAACUAAUCUUUGUAAUCCCCAAAUUUAUUCAUUUAACGAUAUUUAAAAAUGAGAAAUUUCAGGGAAUUGAACUGUCAGAAAAUGUAUUUGAACAUAAAUUAUUUCAUAAAAUUCCUUCUAAUUCUAUCAAAUUAUUAUAUACCAUACUUCUUCAUUCAUGGGUUUGAACUAUUUUCUGGUGUAGACAUAUAUAUUCUUUUCAA